GACCGCCAUUUUGAGAUUUACCUCAGACUCAACACAUCACAAACCACGGGAGGAGCGGUUUAGAAGAGAGCCACUCAGGUUAAUGUUGUAUGACCGGGCACAUUCCUCAAAAGAAACAAGAGGGUUAGCAUAGAAAUGCAACCAGGUGCCGUGUUUUGUUGUGCAUUGUGUUAGGUUAAGGGGCGGUUUGCGUGGAUUUGGUUUAUGUCGGGCCGUGCGGGCAACUCUCGUCUUCGCGAACUUCCAAAUCAACACUAGUAUUGGAAACUGGUUUGAAUGGAUAGCUCUUUCCUCCGCUCUUCCCCAGACGAGGGACAAUCGGAGGAGCACACGGAUUGGGGAUAUCGCAGAUAAAGUUGUUGAAUGUGUGUUAAUAGCAAAUGAACCGUUGUUUUCAUUGUUGUUGUACCUAUAUCACCAGUUCGCUGCCUAGUGUCAGGUAGCUUAGCAAUAAACAGGGUAUUUGUUCCUCACGGUGCAGGUCGUGCUGUGCGUUGUCCCCACAUUUCCCGGGGUAAAGCCGGAUUGAUUUAGCUAAUUUAACGGGCCUCCCCUCCUCGGAGCCCCUGCCCACCAAUCCCCGUCAACCCACAGCGACUAGCACCCACCAAAGGCGCCGAGAUUGGGCGAAUAGCGAGCAAAUACGUCCGCGUUUCUCUACCCGCUCCCCCGCCGACCUCCCCUCCUCACUCCCCGGCGCUGACUGCGGACAAGGCCGAGGUCGCGACAGAGCAGGCCCGGCCGCCAAGGCUCGACCUGUCCACCCCAGCUCCGCAUCCUACCACACCUCACCAGCAGUCCAGAACCCGGUUCCCCCCAGAGCCGACCCUAGACAAGGUCGACAACAGCAUCACCACAACAACAACAGCUGCCAACAUGAACCACCACCAUCACCACACGCAGCAGCAGCAGCAACAGAAAGCCGGGGAGCAGCAGCUCAGCGAACCGGAGGACAUGGAGAUGGAAGCUGGAGACACGGACGACCCUCCAAGAAUCCCGGCCAACCCGGUGAUCAAUGGUAACGUUGCCAUGGCAGAUGGACACACAGAGGAAGACAUGGAAGAUGACACCAGUUGGCGGUCAGAGGCGACUUUCCGCUUCGUGGUGGAGCGCUUCAGCCGCCUGAGUGAGUCUGUGCUCAGCCCGUCCUGCUUCGUCCGGAACCUGCCGUGGAAGAUCAUGGUGAUGCCGCGCUUCUACCCCGACCGGCCACACCAGAAGAGCGUGGGCUUCUUCCUGCAGUGCAACGCAGAGUCAGAUUCCACGUCAUGGUCGUGCCACGCUCAGGCCAUGCUGAAAAUCAUCAACUACAAAGACGACGAGAAGUCUUUCAGCCGCAGGAUCAGUCACCUGUUCUUCCACAAAGAGAAUGACUGGGGCUUCUCCAACUUCAUGUCCUGGAGUGAUGUGACUGAUCCAGAGAGGGGCUUCGUUGAUGAGGACAAAGUCACAUUUGAAGUCUAUGUCCAGGCAGAUGCCCCACACGGAGUGGCAUGGGACUCAAAGAAACACACAGGCUAUGUUGGACUGAAGAACCAGGGAGCGACCUGCUACAUGAACAGCCUGCUACAGACGCUCUUCUUCACCAACCAACUACGACGGGCGGUGUACAUGAUGCCCACAGAGGGAGAUGACUCGUCCAAGAGCGUUCCCCUGGCUCUGCAGAGGGUUUUCUACGAGCUGCAACACAGCGACAAACCCGUCGGCACCAAGAAACUGACCAAGUCCUUCGGAUGGGAGACACUAGAUAGCUUCAUGCAGCAUGAUGUUCAGGAGCUGUGCAGAGUGCUCCUGGACAAUGUGGAGAACAAAAUGAAAGGCACUUGUGUUGAGGGAACAAUCCCUAAGCUCUUCAGAGGAAAGAUGGUGUCAUAUAUCCAGUGUAAGCAUGUGGACUACCGGUCAGAGCGGAUAGAGGACUACUAUGACAUCCAGCUUAGCAUUAAAGGAAAGAAGAACAUCUUCGAGUCAUUCAAAGAUUAUGUUGCAACUGAGCAGUUAGAUGGAGACAACAAAUACGACGCGGGAGAGCAUGGCCUGCAGGAAGCAGAGAAGGGAGUGAAGUUCCUCACCUUCCCUCCGAUCCUCCAUCUGCAGCUGAUGAGGUUCAUGUAUGACCCACAGACAGACCAAAACAUCAAGAUUAACGACAGAUUUGAGUUUCCUGAGCAGUUACCGCUGGAUGAGUUCCUCCAGAAGACCGACUCAAAGGACCCGGCCAACUACAUCCUGCACGCCGUGCUGGUGCACAGCGGCGACAACCACGGCGGUCACUACGUCGUCUACCUUAACCCGAAAGGAGACGGCAAAGUCAGUGUAAAGGAACCAAUAUGGUGUAAGUUUGAUGACGACGUGGUGUCGCGGUGCACCAAGGAAGAGGCCAUAGAGCACAACUACGGUGGACACGAUGACGACCUCUCAGUGCGCCACUGCACCAACGCUUACAUGUUGGUGUACAUCCGCGAGUCCAAGCUCAGCGAAGUUCUCCUCCCGAUGACAGACGUGGACAUCCCCCAGCAGCUGGUGGAGCGUCUGCAGGAGGAGAAGAGGGUGGAGGCGCAGAAGAGGAAGGAGCGCCAAGAGGCUCACCUCUACAUGCAGGUCCAGAUAGUAACAGAGGACCAGUUCUGCGGUCACCAGGGCAACGACAUGUACGACGAGGAGAAGGUGAAGUACACGGUCUUCAAAGUCCUGAAGAGCUCCACACUGCAGGAGUUUGUCCAGACCCUCUCCCAGACCAUGGGUUUCCCACAGGACCAGAUGAGGCUGUGGCCCAUGCAGGCGCGUAGCAACGGGACCAAGCGACCCGCCAUGCUCGACUACGAGGCCGACUGCAGCAAGUCGAUGAUCGACUUGAGCGACAACGAGAAUCCCUGGACAAUAUUCCUGGAGACGGUGGAUCCAGAGAUGGCAGCCAGUGGGGCCACAUUACCCAAGUUCGACAAAGACCAUGAUGUCAUGUUGUUCUUGAAGAUGUACGACCCCAAAACCAGAAGCUUAAAUUAUUGUGGACAUAUCUACACACCUAUAUCCUGCAAAAUAAGAGACCUUCUACCAGUCAUGUGUGAGAGAGCCGGGUUUCAGCAGGAAACUAGCCUUAUCCUCUAUGAGGAAGUAAAGCCCAACCUAACAGAGCGGAUACAGGACUACGAUGUCUCUCUGGACAAGGCCCUGGAUGAGCUCAUGGACGGGGACAUCAUCGUCUUCCAGAACGGGGACAUUUCCAGUGUUCAGCAAAGGGACAGUGCAGAUACAAAGGCAGACAUAAAGGACGACCCAGAGAGCGACAGCAGCGAGCUGCCGACGGCCAAGGACUACUUCCGGGAUCUCUACCACCGAGUGGACGUCAUCUUCUGUGACAAGACCAUCCACAACGACCCGGGCUUCGUCGUCACGCUGUCCAACCGCAUGAACUACUUUCAGGUGGCCAAGACAGUAGCACAGAGGCUGAACACAGAUCACAUGCUGCUGCAGUUCUUCAAGUCACAGGGGUACAGGGACGGUCCAGGAAAUCCUCUCAGACACAACUAUGAGGGAACGCUGCGGGACCUGCUGCAGUUCUUCAAACCACGGCAGCCCAAGAAACUCUACUAUCAGCAGUUAAAGAUGAAGAUCACAGACUUUGAGAACAGGAGGAGUUUUAAAUCCAUAUGGCUCAACAGCCAGUUCAGAGAGGAGGAGAUCACCCUCUACCCUGACAAGCACGGCUGUGUGCGGGACCUGUUGGAAGAAUGUAAAAAGGCAGUGGAGCUCUCUGAAAAGGGCUCUGACAAGCUGAGGCUGUUAGAGAUAGUAAGCUAUAAAAUCAUCGGAGUUCACCAGGAGGACGAGCUGCUAGAAUGUUUAUCUCCGGCCGCCAGCCGCACCUUCAGAAUAGAGGAGAUUCCUUUGGACCAGGUGGAGUUGGACAAAGACAGCGAGAUGCUCAUCCCUGUCGCUCACUUCCACAAGGAGGUCUUCGGCACCUUCGGGAUCCCGUUCUUGCUGAAGAUCAGACAGGGUGAGUCUUUCCGGGAGGUGAUGAGGAGGAUCCAGACCAUGCUGGACCUUCAGGAGAAAGAAUUUGAGAAGUUCAAGUUUGCGAUAGUGAUGAUGGGCCGGCAUCAGUACAUCACUGAAGACGAGUACGAGGUCAACCUGAAGGACUUUGAACAGCCAGGUAACAUGUCUCACCCGCGUCCCUGGCUCGGGUUGGAUCAUUUCAACAAAGCUCCAAAGAGAGGUCGCUACACCUACCUGGAGAAAGCAAUCAAGAUCCACAACUAAAAAAAAAAAAGCAGCCCACCCUUCCUCUAUGUCCUCCUCCUCCUCCUCCUCCUCCUCCUCCGCCUUCCUCCCUACCUACUUUAACACACCAUAACCACAGACUGUAACCAACCGUGUUUGUUUGUGUGAGACUGUGUGCGUGCGUAUGUGUGUGUUCAUCACUUAACACCCUGCCUGGACACCUCUACAGCUCUACACCGGCACCAUGUCUUCAGCGAUUUCGGAUCUUGCUGCAACUGACGGGUUAUCCUUCAACCACAAAAUAAACUGCACCAACCUCCUGACUGUUGAUUUUGUUGUUUUUGUUUUUGUUUUUUUUAAUCGUCUCCCUCCGUGUUCGAGGCUGCUCGAUUGUUGUUGUUUUCCCCCUGGCUUUCUAAACCUGUGACUGCCGUUUGUUUGUCCUUUUGUUCCAGAAGUGGGAGAAAUUAAAUUUGAUUUUAAAUAUAAAAUAAGCAGAGAGGAAGUGGGACACGGUAUAAAAAAUAUAUAUAUAUACACAAAUAUAUAUAUAUAUGAACUUCUAGACUUAGUUUUUGUUCUCCCACCUCCCUCACCAGCUUCUUUUGUCCCUUCACAUUAUUUUGGGGGGUUGUUUUUAAAUAAAGUUGUUUGAAGAGGAGGAGAGUUUGAUGGAAGGAUGUGGGCGGGGACUAACUGACAGAAAAGAGGGGGAAAGGGCAUGAUGGUCAUUUAUUUUCCGAGGGCGUCCAUCCCGAGGCUAACUAGUUGCGCUGAUGUGGUUCUUUAUAUUUUCUGCUCCCAUCCCUUUUUAGUGCAACUAAGCAAGUAUUUCCAAGUUUACACGCAAGUCUUUCUCACUUAGUUUUUGGUUGUUGGAGGAAGAAUUAUUUUUCUUUUGUCUCUUUCUUGCAGAUCUUGUAUAAUAAAAUUAAAAUCCACAGCAUCUGUUUAAAAAUAAAUGGGGUAAAAAAUGAGGAGGAAAUUUGUCUGUAUUUCAUCUUGCACGUUGGCACUUAAUGUCAGAGGUUUCUCAGGACUGGCAAAUGUGUAUUUUGGUUUUUCCGUUGCAAUGCUACUUUGAAAGGAACACACACAUGCACGGACAUUAACCCCCUUGACUUUCUCGUCCUUUUGUUUCUUCUGGGGGUUUUCUUGUCUUUCUCAUUCAUCCUCCUCUAAGCGCACACACACAAGCUUUGUCAUCUUCUCUCGGUUGACUGUCGCCUCCAGGUGGUUGGUAGCAGUAACUGCGCUGUGCUUGCUAGGGAGCUGCAGACACAACAGGUUUGAGGACUGUAGAGACAAAACCAGCAUUGUAAGAAAGAAAAAAAACACUUUAAGCCCUACGAAUUAAUUUCUCUUGUUUCUUUUAAAGCACAGAUGGAAUGCUCCCCUAAUAGCGCAUAGCUGGCUCUGUAAAGACAACAUUUAAGAAUUGUAUAUUUAAAAAUAUUAACGUGUAAAAUUAAAGAGAAGCACGCGCCAUUUUCUUGUUGGGUACAGAAGGAGCCAGGUGUUCAUAUUUCUUGUGUAGGGUUUUCUCUUUUUUUCUGCGUUCCUGAUGUACCAUUGACGAUUUUCUUCUGUUACAUUUGGAUUUAUUUUUUCUUUUCAAAACUAACUGCAUUGGGUUUGUCUUGUUAAAAAGUGCAGUACAAAGAUGACCUGCAGAAUCAUACCUUAAUUUGGUCUUUUCCAGUUUAAAAUCCUCAGUGUAGCAGCAGUGUACGACAACUAUUCCUGUAUAUUGCCUUUUUGCUGGAAAAUGUAUGUUGAAUAAAAUUUUCUAUAAAAAACAAAAAA